AUGUUGAUGUUUCGCUACUUUUGGAAGAAGAUAUUAUGUCAACAAACACCAGCGCUUUACAAUUGCAUCCCCCGACGGGCGGGAAAGUGCUGGUUUUUGUUUUGUUUUGUUUUGUUUUGAAAAAUGAGCUCCUUCCUGCUCUAGUGCUUGCAGUAGAUGCAGCUGCGACGCUGGAGAUAAGGGUUGGUUUUGCUAUAUCGAACCCCGGAGUAGUAGUGCGAGAGGGGGACAUUACCCCUCGCAGGGGACAGUCAGAGCUCAUGAUGUCCACAGCAUUUUGUAUGAUAAGGCUCCUUCUGGUCGCCCAUAUUAACCAGGCAGCAGCAUCCGCUAGAGGGCAGGAUGCGCGAUGUUGCGCACGACUGACAUCAGCAGUUGGGCUCGUACUAGCUGUCGUUGCUCGUCCCACGCUGCAUCGAAAAACUUUGGUAGAAUGAAUCUACACAAUUACAACACAACCCUAGAAGCGAAAAACGAAUACCUGCCAUCCGGAACUCCAAGGAGUUUACGAU